GACACACGGUGUCCAGCCAUGGGGACCUUCAAUCCAUGGACAGAUUACCUGGGUUUGGCACGCCUGGUGGGGGCUCUGCGUGGGGAAGAGGAGCCUGAGACCAGGCUGGACCUCCAGACAGAACCAGUGCCAGGACUGGAGGGUCAGACACCCAGCCCGGAAUCCUCACCAGCUCCUGAACGCCUGUGCACUUUCUGCAAGCACAACGGCGAGUCCCGGGCCAUCUACCAAUCCCACGUGCUCAAGGACGAAGCGGGCCGGGUGCUGUGCCCCAUCCUUCGAGACUACGUGUGCCCCCAGUGUGGUGCCACUCGCGAGCAUGCCCACACCCGCCGCUUCUGCCCGCUCACCGGCCAGGGCUACACCUCCGUCUAUAGCUACACCACCCGCAACUCGGCCGGCAGGAAGCUGGCCCGCUCGGACAAGGCGAAGACGCCGGACUCCGGACACCGCCGAGGAGGAGGAGGAGCCUGUGCAGGUUCCAAAGGUGCUGGGAAUCCUUCUGGAACUACCCCCUCUUCCUGCUGUCCCUUCACUUCUGCCUAAGGAGGCUGGCGCGGGCAGGACGGGGUUGCUGCCUUCACCUGGGGUUGGGGACCCAGGCCCACUGGAGGCUGGAUUUCAGGGAAGACUCACCCUCCGAGGAUCCGCCCCCCAAGCCCUGCCCCCAUCCUGAGGGCCUGGCAAA